AUGCGGACUACUUCCUCACUGCUCUUUCGAGCUUCAAGAGCUCUUCAACAUGAAAACCCCCUCGGCCUGCCUCGAUCAGGCACUCCGCCGACCUGGCCAAAACGGCCUCAAAGACGGAAAAUCACCGGAGUGGACAAGGUCAUCGCAGUGUCUUCAGCCAAAGGCGGCGUCGGCAAAAGCACAGUUGCAGCAAACCUAUCACUGGCCUUUGCUAGGCUAGGAUUCCGCGCCGGAAUACUAGAUACCGACAUCUUCGGCCCUUCUAUACCUACUCUAUUCGAUCUCUCAGGGGAGCCAAGGCUAUCUAGCAACAAUCAACUGAUACCUUUGACGAACUACGGAGUAAAGACAAUGUCCAUGGGCUACCUCGUGGGCGAGAGUGCCCCUGUGGUAUGGAGGGGGCCAAUGGUCAUGAAGGCAAUCCAGCAGUUGCUUCACGAAGUGGACUGGGGCGGCUUGGAUAUCCUUGUCUUGGACCUACCCCCGGGAACAGGAGACACACAGUUGACCAUCACUCAGCAAGUCAUUUUAGACGGAUCCGUCAUCGUCACCACACCACAUACUCUGGCCACAAAGGAUGCAGUCAAGGGCAUCAACAUGUUCAAAACAGUUGGCGUCGACAUCUUAGGCCUGGUGCAGAAUAUGUCUCUGUUCCACUGCCCCAACUGCCAUCACGAUACUCACGUCUUUGGAUCGAACAAGAGAGUAGAGAAGCUGUGUCAGGAUCAUGACAUUGACUUUCUUGGAGACAUUCCUCUUCAUCCCAACAUUGGUGAUGAUGGGGAAAGAGGCAAGCCGACUGUCGUCUCUGAGCCAUCCAGCGAACGAGCAUCGGCCUUUCUCCGUAUAGCUAGAGCUAUCUGCCCCAAGAUUGACCUGGAGGGAGCCGGCCGCCAGAACAAUUAA